GCUUGAUCAGACAGAACGUGUGUGUGGUGUACACACAUGGACUCACGCGCUCGUGCCGUCGCAGCCAUCGCCCAGGGCGCGCGCCCGGCCGCCGUCGUCCCCGCCGGCGCCGCCGCCGCGACCGAGCUCUCGCGGCUCAAGAAACAGCUCCACGAGCUCGAGGAGAAGCGCGACAAUGUAAUCAAGAAGAGGAGGUCUCGGAGGGAGGCUCGGCCUCCGAGCUGCUGGGCUGCGUGCGGCCGCAGGGGCGGCGCGUGCCCGCAGUUCUGCGGCGAGGGAGGCGCCUGCUGCAAGCUUGCUUGGGUGAGCGAUGGGCGCGACCCGAAUGCCUGCCCGGCCGAGAUGGCGGAGUUUCGGUACCACACGUGCGUGGCGCAGAGCUUCGUCGGCGUGACUAAGGGAGACCCCGCGAUGACGGACUUUUCGAUCAGCUCGGCCGGCGUGCAUCUCGGCCGGACCAACCUCGUCCGAGAGCCCGGCUACACGCGGCCGACGAUGGACGACUAUUACGCAUUCGCCGACGGGACAUCCGCCCUGCCCGCCGCCAUCGAGCGGCACUUGAGCGACCGCGGGCGUGCGGGGAAAACGCCCUGGCCGGACGCGCAGCAGCAGGCGCCGAAGGUGCCCAAGGACCGGUGGCGGUGCAACCGCUCCUUCGCGGUGGGCAAGCGGGGCGUGAUGCGGCCGCUCUUCACGAGGCUGCGACUGUGCGAGCCAGAGACGCGCAGCACGGCGGUGCACGUCUGGUGGACUGAGACUAUGGAGCUCGAGACCAAGUUCUGGCCGCCUCGCCGGCCGGCCUCCCGUGCCGGCUUCCCAGAGGGCGGCAGCGGCGACUUCCCCGAGGGCGCGGAUCGCCAGCUGUGGGUGAUUGAAGUCAUGAUUGUUGCUCAGGUGCCCGGGCUGGUGCAGCUCAUCGGAGUCAAGCCCGCGCUCGGCAGGCUGCAGGAGGUGUGCUACCGCAAGACGGGCUACUCGCGGCUCUCGCCGCCGGCCAACGCCGACGCCGAGCACUGUGGCUUCACGAAGCGCUCUUUCACGGGGCAGCUCGAGAGCGUGGCAGCCGACUUCCGCUCGUACAACCUCAACACGAUGCGGCACUACCGCCCCUCCGGCGGCGGCGCGCUGAGGCACCGCCUCUGGAUCUGCAAGCCGCGCGGCGGCUUCAACUCGGAGCUCAGCUCGGAGGACACGACGCUCGCCUGGCUGACGAGGCGCGUGCCGGCGGGCGAGUAUGUCAUGCAGGACUUCGAGAUGAACCCGAUGACCUUCGCCGGGCACAAGUUCGACCUGCGAAGGCGGCCGCCAGACGCAGAUGUGGAGCUCGGCACGCUGCGCGAGAUCAUCCCUCCCCGGGAGCGAGCGAACGGCGCCAAGCUCGUCUACCCCACGUCGACGACGGACGAGUACUGGUUCAGCAACGUGCGGCCGCAGGGCAGGGAGUUUUGGACGCGCGUCGCGUGGCCGAGCGUCGAGAAGGCGAUCGUGCUGCUUCUCGCGCGCGAGCAGAUCAUCCACGCCGACCACAAGCUCAAGCGGCACGGCCGGAUCCUCUUCCUCUCGCCGGACGUCGUCAUCGACGAGCGGGGCAACGCGACCAUGGUGGAGAUCAACGUCAACGGCUACAUGAUCGGCAACCUGCACAAGGAGUACUUUCCGAUUCAGCCGCAGCAGGACGCCGUCGGCUCCUUCACCGGCAUCGCCGGCUUCCCGCUGCAGCGCCACUACAGCGCCGAGCUGCAGCGCAGGACGGCCUCCUUCUGCCGAGGAAUGGUGCACGAGCAGAUGCACUCCAGCCACGAAUGGUACCGCCUCUUCCCUCGCCCAAAGUCGUCGCCGCUGCACGCCGCCUUCAGGACCGCCGCCUUCAAGGACUCGCUGACGCCGCUCGACAAGCUCGCCGUGAGGUGGCUCUCCCAGUCGGACUGGCUGCCAGAGCACUCCACCAACCGAACUACCGGCGUCGUCUCGAUAAACGGCGAGUCGGCCAUCCCGCGCCUAGCCGGACGCCCGGGGCUGGGAUUGCGUCACGGGAAAUAG